CCUCGAUUUGAUGGAUCCUUGGCCUAUUUGACCCGAAGAUUCAUGAAUCUUGUCAGAGCAGCUCCAGACGGUGUCCUUGAUUUAAAUGAAGUAGCGACAAUGCUUGGAGUACGAAAACGAAGAGUGUAUGACAUCACCAAUGUGUUGGAUGGAAUCCAGUUGAUUCAGAAAAGAUCUAGGAAUCUUAUCCAGUGGGUAGGUUAUAAUGUUGACCAAGUUAUCGGAAAAGCACCACAGCAGCAAAACCUUAAAGACGAACUUUCUAACUUGUCAGCCGUGGAAGAAGCUCUGGAUGAAUUAAUCAAGGAUUGUGAUCGUCAGUUAUUUGAACUAACAGAUGACCAAAAAAAUGCAAACCUAGCUUAUGUGACAUACCAAGAUAUCCAUAGCAUUCAGGCAUUUCAAGAACAAAUUGUGAUUGCAAUCAAAGCUCCAGAGGGAACCAGUUUGGAAAUACCAAUUCCUAAAGAAGACUGCAUAGAAGUACAUGUGAAGAGCACAAAAGGACCCAUUGAUGUGUAUUUAUGUGAGGUGGAAAAAGAGAAGCCAGGUGCCAAAACUUUUGAAGGUAUGGAUACUGUCACUUGUGAAACUGAGCCAUCAGUUCCUCCUGAUGAAGUGAGAUCUCCAGGGGAAGAAAAAAAACAAACCGCCUGA